AUGUGGUCUCUUGUAUCCCUUGUUACGGCGGGCCUGGCGACCGUCGCGUCGGCACAGUAUUUCCCGCCCACGCCAGAAGGGCUGAAGGUGGUGCAUUCAAAGCACCACGAGGGCGUGAAGAUCUCAUACAAAGAGCCAGGAAUCUGCGAAACUACGCCCGGAGUCAAGUCGUACUCUGGCUACGUGCAUCUCCCGCCCAACACGCUGGCCGACGUGCAAGUCGACCAGCCGUACCCGAUCAACACGUUCUUCUGGUUCUUCGAAUCGCGCAACGACCCGCGCCAUGCGCCGCUCGCCAUCUGGAUGAAUGGCGGGCCCGGCAGCUCGUCGAUGAUCGGCCUGCUGCAGGAGAACGGCCCGUGCACUGUCAACGCGGACUCGAACUCGACCGAGCUGAACCCCUGGUCAUGGAACAACUACGUCAACGUCCUCUACAUCGACCAGCCCAACCAGGUCGGAUUUAGCUACGACGUCCCCACGAACGGGACCUACGACCAGCUCUCGGGCCGCUGGAACGUGUCCGCGUGGGCCGGCGGCGCGGACGCGGGCCCGGUGCCGCAGCAGAACAGCACGUUCUACGUCGGCACGUUCCCGAGCCUGGAGCGCAGCCAUGCGGCGAACACGACGGCUAACGCGGCGCGCGCGCUGUGGCAUUUCGCGCAGACCUGGUUCGCUGAGUUCCCCGCGUACAAGCCGCACGAUGACCGCGUGAGCAUCUGGACCGAGUCGUACGGCGGGCGGUACGGGCCGGCGGUCACAGCGUUUUUCCAGGAGCAGAAUGAGAAGAUCGCGGCGGGGACGCUGGCGGGGGCGUCCGGCGAUUAUCAGCAGAUCCAUCUGGACACGCUGGGGAUCAUCAACGGAUGCGUGGAUCUGCUGACGCAGGCGCCCUUCUACCCGGCGAUGGCGUACAACAACACCUACGGCAUCGAGGCGAUCAACCAGACGGUGUACGAGCGCGCGAUGCGGGCGUGGAGCAAGCCCGGCGGGUGCCGGGACUUGAUCGUGCGGUGCCGGGAACUGGCGGCCGAGGGCGACCCCGCUAUGCACGGCGGCAACGAGACGGUCAACGCGGCCUGCCGCGUCGCCAACAACUACUGCAACAACCAGGUCGAGGGCCCGUAUCCGCUGUUCUCGGGCCGCGGGUACUACGACAUCGCGCACGCCAACCCGGACCCGUUCCCGCCGCCGUACUAUCUGGGGUUCUUGAACCAGCACUGGGUGCAGCGCGCGCUGGGCGUGCCGAUCAACUUCACCGAGUCUGUGGAGAGCGUCUACGACGCCUUCGGCGCGACGGGUGACUACCCGCGCUCCGACGUGCGUGGGUACCUCGAGGACCUGGCGUACGUGCUCGAUGCGGGGAUCAAGGUGGCGCUGGUGUACGGGGACCGCGACUAUGCGUGCCCGUGGAACGGCGGCGAGGAGGUCAGCCUGCGGAUCGCGCACGCGGACGCAGACCGGUUCCGCGCGGCGGGGUAUGCGCCGCUGCGGACGAACGCGAGCUACGUCGGGGGCAGCGUGCGGCAGUACGGCAACUUCUCGUUUGCGCGCGUGUUCCAGGCCGGCCACGAGGUGCCAGCGUACCAGCCGCAGACGGCGUAUGAGAUCUUCCACCGGGCGCUGUUCAACCGCGAUAUUGCCACGGGGAAAGUGUCGCUCGUGACGAAUGGCACAUAUGCAAGUGAGGGGCCGUCGUCGACGUGGCAGAUCAAGAACGAGGUGCCUGACAGCCCAGCGCCGACGUGUUAUGUGUUGUCGCUGCGGGCGUCCUGCACGGAUGAGCAGAUCCAGGGGGUGGUGAAUGGGACGGCGGUUCUUGAGGAUUAUAUUGUUGUAAAUAUUUAG